GGCACCAGUCACUGCAUUCAUUCAUCGGGGCUGAGUCUAAAUAGAAGGUGUGCUUGAAUUCAACAACAUUCCCGUUUUAAGGAACAAACUAACAAACAGCCAGCCAGCCAUCCAGAAAGCCAUUCAGUUUGCAUAUUAGCUACAGUUACAAUUUUAUUGACCAAAAACAUGAACGGCCAAGGUAACUCCAUCUUUGAUGAAGAUUGCUUCCUGUUCACUUCCGAGUCAGUCGGUGAAGGACACCCUGAUAAGAUUUGCGACCAGAUCAGCGAUGCCGUGUUGGACGCUCACCUCAAGCAGGAUCCUAACGCUAAGGUCGCAUGUGAAACUGUGGCUAAGACUGGAAUGAUCUUGCUUGCCGGUGAGAUCACCUCCCAUGCCAAUGUUGACUACCAGAAGGUCGUUAGAGAAGCCAUCAGACACAUUGGCUAUGACGACUCCAUCAAAGGGUUCGACUAUAAGACCUGCAACGUCCUUGUGGCUCUGGAGCAGCAGUCCCCGGACAUUGCACAGGGUGUCCACCUGGACCGCAAAGAGGAGGACAUUGGUGCUGGAGACCAGGGUUUGAUGUUUGGCUACGCCACUGAUGAGACGGAGGAAUGUAUGCCCCUGACCAUCAUCCUGGCACACAAGCUGAAUGCUAAAUUGGCUGAGCUGCGCCGCAACGGGUCUCUGCCAUGGCUGAGGCCGGACUCCAAAACUCAGGUGACUGUGCAGUACCGUCAGGACCGUGGCGCCAUGGUACCCUUGCGUGUGCACACCGUGGUGGUGUCUGUGCAGCACGAUGAGUGCGUGAGCCUGGAUGAGAUGCGUGAUGCACUGAAGGAGAAGGUUGUGAAGGCAGUGGUGCCAAGCCAAUACCUGGAUGAUGACACCAUCUACCACCUGCAGCCCAGCGGGCGCUUUGUCAUUGGAGGACCACAGGGUGACGCUGGUCUGACUGGACGCAAGAUCAUCGUGGACACGUAUGGAGGCUGGGGAGCUCACGGUGGCGGUGCGUUUUCUGGGAAAGACUACACUAAAGUGGACCGCUCUGCUGCCUAUGCUGCCCGCUGGGUCGCCAAAUCUCUGGUGAAGGCGGGGCUUUGCAAACGCGUCCUUGUGCAGCUGUCGUAUGCCAUCGGCGUGGCCCAUCCUCUUUCCGUUUCCAUCUUCCACUAUGGUACCUCUGAGAAGAGUGAGAAGGAGCUGCUUGAAAUAGUAAAGAACAACUUUGACCUCCGCCCUGGCGUCAUUGUCAGAGAUCUGGACCUGAAGAAGCCGAUCUACCAGCGCACCGCCGUGUAUGGCCACUUCGGCCGUCAAUCUUUCACAUGGGAGGUGCCUAAAAAGCUUCAAUAUUAAACCUGUAACAGCUUCUCCUUUUGGGCAGCGGGUGUACACUACAGAGAAACCUUGCUGCCUUGAGGAGAAGGAUAUCCCUCAUGCUUAACUCUAAAUCCCAUCCCACUGAAUCAGUAAGUCCCAAAGAAGUCCGUCCUUCCUUUCGCUUGCUCCCCCUCUCAACACUUGUUGACCUUCGACCAUGACCCUGUUCUGUGUUUUUAGAAAGGUCUGUCAUGUGACAGCCUGGAUAAUGGUUUUUUUAAACCCCCUCUGUCCCAUAUUCCUCCUUUCUUUCCUCGCUCCCUCACGCUCCUCUCCCGUGUUCUACUGAAGUUAAUGAUGGCACAAAUUAAUGUUUUGAAUGCAGAUUGCUAUGCAUUGCCACAUGAAGCACUGAAGCCAAUCAACUUUUUUUUUUUAUUUUUAAUUUCCUGCAAGUACCAUUUAUACCAGCAUGACCUUUUAUUUAAGCGAUGUUUUUCAGUCACUAAUGUGAUCAAAACCUGAGGGUCAGAGGAAUGUUUAAUAAGCCGAAUGCCGCCAGCGUGUGGAAUUGAGUAUGGUGUAGUUAAAGUAUAACUCUUGGCAUUUUUAUUAGCUGAAAUGGUGUUAUUUUUCAGAUGUCUAUUAACGUCUCGGUCCUGGCAGGCCAUACGUAUUCUGGUGUGUUACAGAGAAGCCAGAAGCUGCUAACAACUGUGGUCCUGGAGGACUGUGAUUCUUAACUCCACCCCCUUCCUUCUGCUUAUUCCUCAGUAGAUUAUUUUUAUAAAUUAAAUCUUAUCUCAGUAGCUCUGUUGGCCCCUCCACACCACGGUGAAGUCACUGCACUUCCCCCUCUGUGCGCGGUUGAUAGCCGGCGUAGCUACAGAGAAGCUGAGCUUCCUCACCGCUGCAGAGGGGUUGCCUUCACCGCUUGAAUUGCCCCAGUUUCAAGCCCUGCUGUCCAUACGGAAAAGUCAGGGAGCCUCUAGAGCACUAGAAAGUUGAGUUCCUUUUUGUAUGUAAAACUUUUUAAAGAUUAUCCUGUGCAGCAGUGUAACUGCGUGCCCAAUGUGCCAGCCCGUGGCAUCCUCAUCGCAUCGUACAGAAAAGCUUUGAGGCUCUGACACUGGGUGGCUCAGGAAGCUGUGACCAUUGUUGCCUAUUUUAUUAGUUUUACCUGAGUGACAGCAGAUUAAGAGAGGCUGACCAUACACGCACAUAUUUUAUUACAUAUUGGAUGAACUGCCCUGCAACCGAGACAGAAGCAGGAGUUUGGCCAGUGUUGUACAGAGAAACUGGCCUUGUUUACAUUGCUCUGCUCGGUAGCGGUCAGAGAUGAGUCUUUUACAUAUUAGUUUUAUUUUAUUUUAUUUUUUUUUUUAAUGCCAGCCAUUGGUGCACCAGACUGGCUACUGGAAGAGCAAAAGUGCCUUUUUCUGUUGUUUUUCUCCUUCCCUUCCCUGCCCUCCUCCCUCUCGGUUUUCUCUUCCUCUGUCCACCAGAUUUCCUCCCUCUGUGAUGUUCGUACCUACUGUAAUCCUCCACGCCUCUGUUUUUCAAUGUUGAUACUGUCUCCUGAUUGAUUUAAAUAAAACUUCUGCUCUCAUGUGCUCA